AAUUCUCAAAUCAGAGUGUCGACCCGUCAAAAAAUGUUUAGACGCGGGCUCUUGACGGAUGUCAAAUAGUUUUUGAAGUUGUAGUGUUCCAAAUGUUCAGCAACACAUUUCAAAGUGGUUUCCUUUCGAUAUUUUACAGCGUGGGAUCUAAUCCUCUACAGCUAUGGGAAAAAUCAGUUAAAAACGGGCAUAUACGUCGUAUAGUAGAUGACGAAGUAAAAUCAUUAGUCCUGGAAUUAUCGGGUACCAAUGUUGCGACGACUUAUAUCACGUGUCCCAUUAAACAGAGAGCUUCUCUGGGCAUAAAGCUUCCAUUUUUAGUCAUGGUUAUAAAGAACUUGAAACGAUACUUCACGUUUGAAAUACAAAUUCUCGAUGAUAAAGACAUGCACCGACGAUUUCGAGUUUCAAAUUUUCAAUCGACUACAAAAGUGAGACCCUUCUGCACUACAAUGCCCAUUGGGCUCAGCAGUGGUUGGAAUCAAGUCCAAUUCAACUUGGCGGACUUUACACGUAGAGCUUACGGGUCUACCUACAUCGAAACUAUGAGAGUUCAAAUUCAUGCCAACAUUAGAAUUCGCCGAAUUUACUUUGCCGACAGACUUUAUGGGGAUGAUGAGAUGCCGAAUGAAUAUCGCCUAUUUUUACCAAUACCCGGCAUUUCGAGACUUUCAGAAAAGGAGAAACGGCCAUCAAAAGAAGAAGAAGAAGAAAAAGAAAAACUGGAAUUAGGUGAAGGAGAGGGAGAAGCAGCUUCAGCGGCACCACCUGCAUCCCCAGUUAUGGAAGGCGCUGCAGCAGAAGCCGCUCCUGAGGGUGAGAAACCCGCUGAAGGUGGCGAAGCGGAGGCUGCGGCAGGUGAUGAGGGUCAAGCACAAGUAUCCCCCGAAGGUGAAGGUGAAGGCGAAGGAGCCGGUGAAGGAGAAGGAGAAGGCGAAGCAGGGUCAGAAAUGCCAGCUGAAGCUGGAACGGACGAAGCUCCGGCGACUGAAGGCGAAAACGAAGGAGGUGAAGGAGAUGAAGGAGCAACGGAAGGAGAAACAGCUGAAUCCCCCGAAACACCAGCUCCGACUGAAGCUUAGUAAUAUUGUAUUAUUUUCAUUGAUUUUAUCAUUUUUAAAACAUUCAAUUGUACAAAUAACACUUUCUAACAUUUUUAUAACUGCAUAUCUAUAGAUAUAUGUAGAUACAUAUCAACGCGUAAAUUGUUAAAAAUAUUAAAGUUGAAAUCUAAAGGAAUUUUUAACAGUUAAUUAAUUGAAAAGAAUAAGCCAGAGUCAAUAUGCUCCCAUCUAAAAUGUCAAUAAUUGAAAUAUAAUACCUACAAGCGGCUAUUUAUUGAAAUUGUACAAAUAAAGA